AUGGAACGCUUUGUGGACCAUCUUGCGGAUCCCAUUUGGUAUAUCAUCCACACGGACGUGUUGGUGUCGUUCAAUAAGCUAGGACAAUCCAGACAGAGUGGUCGUCGAAUGAACCGACGGUCGUCGCGUGAUAUCCGUGUCACCUUUGCCACUUCACUAGGACAUCUCCAGAGUGGCAAGCUGCACUUUCAGCCGGAGAUAGUUGUCGUGGUUGCUGCCGUUGGAGUCAACACGAGCGGGCGGUAG